AUGGUUAUGGACAAACAGCAAUAUCACGACAAAGCUUUGUCUCUGCUUAAUGACAAGAGUACGUAUGCUGCCUUAACCUCUGAUCCUACCAGUAAAACUCAAAAAAAGUUAAACAAAAUGUUGCUUGAUUUGAAAAAAGCUGGUAAAAUUAGUGACUCUACGUACAAAAUGUUCUACAGUAGUGACGGCUUAUGUCCACGUUUUUAUGGCUUACCUAAAAUUCAUAAACCGGGAAUUUCUUUGAGACCCAUUGUCUCUUUUGUGGUUAUCUUGCGAGAAUUUUGUCGCCUGUUGUUGGGAAUACUGAUUACACUGUCAAAAAUUCCUGCGAAUUUUCGGAUUUUAUAA